AACAGGGAUCAUCACGAGGUUCCAGAAUGUUCAAUUGAUUAAAAAUUYUUGAAAAUUUAAAAUGAAUUUUAUUCAAAACAAUGUGGAACUGCCACCAUUGACGUCAGACUAAUCAACAACCGCGUGAGAUUUUUUCCCGUUAUUGUUUUCAAGAAUAGAAUUCUCCCUCCUGGGUCCACAGACGUUAUCUAGUCUAUGUUUCGGAAAUGAGGUUUGAAAAAUUCAAUCUUACUUGAAGUCAAGGGUCUUUCCUCUUUGGAGAUGUUGCUUCCUUGUCCUUAAUGACAUUGAUAUCGAAGUCGACAUAUCUAGUGGUAUUCUAGUUCCUCACGAUGGACAGUUUUAUAGUCUAGUACUUGCGUGAUCGCCGUGGAUACCUGGCAGACUCAAGAUCUCCUGCCAAGCCUUAACAGUUGAUAUGCAGUAUGAUCAGUAUCAGUGCUUCGCGGACUGCUUAUUCCCGUCAUUCGCCUGUCCAGAGAAGGACAAAGACACGCCCUACACAAACAUUAGCAAAGACCCAGCACGUCAAGCCUAGUGGGGUCAAGGUCAUCAUUAAUGUUGGUGGACGCAAAUUUGUCACGUGGAAAGAUACUUUGCAACGUUUUCCAAAUACUUUACUGGGAAAUGAAAAACUGUCCUCUAAAUUUUAUGACCAGAGUAGGGGAGAGUAUUUCAUUGACAGAGAUCCGCAUUUGUUUCGUUAUAUAUUGAAUUAUUAUCGGAAUGGCAAGCUACAUCGUUCCAUCGAUGACUGCAACGAGAGUUUCGAGGAAGAGCUUAUUUUUUACGGUAUAGCACCUCAAGAGAUUCACGACUGCUGUUUCGACGAGGAUCAAGAGGAGGAACAGCAAAAUCAAGAAAAAAUAAGACAACAGGCUGAAGAAGCAAACAAACCAGUUUACGUCCCUAAAACAUGGUUUGGCAAAAUUAGGAACUGUAUUUGGAGGACACUUGAAGGGGAAAUUGAAAGCGGUAUAGGAAAUGUCAUUGGUAUGGGAUUUAUUUAUUUCGUUGGUUUGUUCAUCAUUCUUAGUAUAUUUACAACAGUUUACGAGACUGUACCCUGCACCGAUGGAAUCAAAGCAUGUGAAGAAAGAACUUAUAUUCUUGACCUUUUGGACUUGAUUUGCAUUGGUGUGUUUUCUUUUGAGUUUGGGCUUCGUGUUUUGGUUUGUCCUGAUUACAACGCAUUUGUUAGGACUCCCAUGAACCUUAUUGACUUCUUUUCAAUUCUACCGUUCUAUGCACGACUUCUUCUUCAGUCAGUAGUUGGCUCCAACCUGGAAGCAUUUAUCGUGCUCAGAGUUUUGAGAAUUUUUCGAGUCUUCAAAUUAUCGCGGCACUCCAAAAGACUUCAAAGAUUUGGAGCUGCUAUUGGGUCUUGUUUUCAAGACUUAAUGUCUCUUACCUUUGUUCUUCUUGUUGCGGUGUUGUUAUUUUCGAGUUUUAUAUAUUUUAUCGAGAAAGGUGCAGUGGAAGGGAUGUUCACCAGUAUUCCAGAUAGUAUGUGGUACACUAUCGUCACCAUGAUCACAUUAGGUUACGGUGACAUGGUACCUUCUACUGUACCAGGCCAACUUCUUGGUGCAAUGUGUUGUAUAUCUGGAGUAAUACUUAUUGCUCUGCCAAUCCCCAUCAUUCAGGAAAAGGACAUCUUUAAGAAGAAUAUGAUAAACGUCUAUGAUGUAGAUGACUUGCGAAAGAAAAUUGAAAAAAUGAAAAAGGAAAACGGGAAUGAAAAUGAAAAUGGAUAAGUAAUUCGUCGAAUCUUCUUUGCAUUAUCUGCUGUUAUGUACAUGCAAUGGCUCACGAUUGCUCGAGUCCGAUUGCCAUGGAUACGGAGCACCCAAUAAGAUACACGAUGAAUGUCCAACCCUUACACAUCCUUGUGGAAGGUUCUUGGAUUCAUGCGGAUAAAAUUAACCCGAAACUGGAGUGUGUUUUAUGAUUCAAUGGCAGCAAUAACUACAAAGGAUUGGUUUAUAUAUUUAAGCUUAUAAUUUGUCCCGGUUCGUAUUAUAUCGUACAUUACGAUUGGACAUCAAGGAUUGGUCUAUACAUUAGAGCUCAUGAUUGGUUCGUAUUCUAUCGAACAUUACGAUUGGACGAUGAAAGAUUGGUUUUAUAUCAGUCCAAGCUUCUGAUCGGUUUGUAUUCUAUCAAGCAUUAAGAUUUGUUGAAUAUGGGACAUUCUGCGAUAGAUCGAAUCAAAGAUAUAAAAGAUCGAUUAUCAACUGCAUACUUGCUAAAACUGCUUAAAUCUAAAUACCUAUUUUCUAUACUUUUGAAUGGAUUUGUCGACUUCUUCCGUAGAGGGAGUUUUGGAAAUGACUCGAAAAUAUUUUUACUUUAAUGAACGUGUUCUACCUUUAAUGACAUUCCUAUUUACCAUGCUUUUUUCAAAAUAAUUUUGUUGUCAAAAUUUUGAAAUCCUUACUAAUUGAUAAUUGAAAAUAUCUUUUUGUAUUUGUUAAGGACGUCGCACACUAUGUGGGCUUGCAGGAAGGACAUGAAAUUGGGACAGGUUGGUCCUUUCAUGCACUACCAUUUGGCCAAAAGAGAGGUUGUGAUGAUAAUGCGAUGAAUGACGAGUUUUUUACUAGUUCCGCGUUUUGCAGCGGAGUUUGUAAAGAGCAUAAACAAGAUAUGGAAAAUGAAAAUGGGUCACUUUGUUCCCCACUUCAUGAUAUCCAUGUUCAAACCAGUUUGAAUUAAUGCAGGGACAUAGGUUUGACUUUCUAUUGUCUCACGGGCAGGGAAUCAACUAUUCUUGCUUAAGGAUGUUCCUACUUCAGGUCCCCUUAGUUUGCGACGACCUUUUAUGAUAAUAGCUGAACUAGAUCUAUAUUUUUAUUGACUUUAACUUCUAAUAAUUCUUAAAUCCUUCUUUCUUCAUCCAUGCAUUCGUACGUUCGUCUCUCGCUUGGUUCUCUGUCCUCCUCUAUGUGUAUCUGACUGCACGUGCUGACUGUGUGGCUCCCUUUUAGGCAGCAAGUCAGUAAGCAAGUCAGUCAGUCAGUCAGUCAGUCUGACUGUCUGUCUAUAGUUAAUGUUUACGUCGUUCUGCAAAUGCUUUGUUGGUCUAUCUAUUCUUUCAUUCGUCCUACUAGUAUCUACUUACUUUGACGAAGGACUAGCGUCCGAAACGUCAGUAAGUUUUUUCAUCUUUUCACGGUGUAUAAUCUACCUUUUUCAUCAUUACUUAGCCUUUUCACUGUUUUUCUGAUUACCUUCCUUAUUCUUCUUAAAAUAAUAUAGACCAGAACUGGACCCCCUGUGUCUAAUGUUUUACGCGCACAAUAUAAGUAGUACAAAAUUAUGUACUGAUUGAGAUACACGCGUGAUUCAGAUCAGAAAUAAACUGAAAUAAGUUUAGGUCCAGUUCUGGACUACUCAUAAUAUAAUACUAUUGAGUGUUUGAGUUUGCCAUUAUAUUUCGUAAUGGUUAUUAUUAUAUAAUUACCAAUGAAAUAUCUAUUUUUCUCUAUUU